CUCCGCUCCAUAUUCCUAUCCCACUGCAAACCUAAUUAUCCAUCUUUCUCUUCAAUCUGAUUGCAUUUUCCUGCCGACAUACACACUUAUGGCAGCUGAAGCUCAACAAUUCUUCGAUCUUUUCGAUUCUUACUGGUUUGCACAUCAAAUCUUCAACAAAACCCUCAUCCCACCUCCCAAAUCCAACAAAAACGCAGAAUCAAUCGCUAUAACAACUCAAACUCAUGAUUUCCCGGCUGUCCCCACCGUUAAUGUCAGAUCUUACAGUGACAUGGUGUUCAUGGACGCCAAGAACCAGAGUUUCAUCUCCGAUUCCCCAAACUCCGUUCUUAAUCUCCAAACUCCAAAGCUCGAAACCAUUUUCUCCGGCAUGGAUAUGAAAGAAAUCCAAGAAUUACCAGUCCGAGAAAAGGAUAGAGUAUCAGGAAGGCGCAGAAAGAGGAAGAGCAAAAGCAAGAGCUUGUCGGAGCUUGAAUUCGAGGAGGUAAAAGGGUUUAUGGAUUUGGGUUUUGUGUUUUCUGAAAAGGAUAAAGAUUCAAGCUUGGUUUCGAUCAUUCCUGGGCUUCAGAGAUUAGGGAAAUAUGAAAAAGAAGAAGUCGAUGGUUCUAUUGUUGUUGCUUCGAGGCCUUAUCUUUCUGAAGCAUGGGAUGAUAUGAAGAAGAAAAGGGAAGAAGAAGCAUUAAGGCUGAUAAGAAUUCCACCGCUUGGGAACGAAGUUGAGAUUAAGCAUCAGCUUAGAUUCUGGGCUCAUUCUGUUGCUUCUGUUGUUAGAUGACAUAAAAUUAAUAUACUCGAAGAGUGUUUUCAUGGGGAUUUUCUGAGUAGUUUUUACGAUUUGUUUUGUGUACAAAUUAUGGUUUUCUGAAGUGUGAAAUGAGUAAGAUUACAGUCAAGUGUUGUCUUGGUUUGGGAUUGAUGUUAAUGGUUUUUGGAUAUGUAUUGGACUCAUACUCAUGUUAAGUGAACAAAUUUAAAGUUGCAAUUCC